AGACAGAACAGUAAUCAAUCAAUCUUCUUUAGAUACAGUUUUGUUUCAGUUUGAUUAUAUAGUUUCUUACAAAUUUUCCAAUAUGCUUGUUUUAAAAAGUUGUUUUUCUACAAUUGUUGACAAUAAAUGCAAGAUUUGGAUAUUAAGUGAAGCUUACUCCUAGACGUUUUACGUUGGAUUCUAGAUCAAUUUCCAAUCGAACGAGUGCUUUACUUGAUUGAUUGCUUAGUUUAAGAACUUUUAUCCUGUUUACUUAUUUUGGAACGUUAACUAAAUCGAGAGUAUGGCUACCAAAGAGGACCGUUCUCUAGGAUCAGGCAUUUCCAUCCCACAAUGGAUGAAGACUAAAAGUAGCAAAUUCGACUUAGAUCCAAGCACUUUCUCACCAACUGAACUGGACGACAGCUUCAUGUUGUACUACAGAAGACCAAAACCGGAAUCAAACUUUUCUACUACCACCAUAACAACAGCUAAUCUACCUGAAAACAUAACAGUUGCCGCAGUGACAAAGAAAAAACAAGAUUUCUCGCAACAUCCAGUCCCUUGCCAAAAAUACCUGCGCAGCGGUCAAGACGUACCACCUCAAACGAGCACAGAAAUGAAAAUCAAAUCGCCCGGUACAGACGACGGGUUCAAAGGGGAAGCAGCCAAAUGUGGUUCUUCCAUAAUCAAGGUGGCCUCGCAGAUGAUUUCCAACCAAGGCCUGGGCCUUCGAACCUGUUAUCCGGAGGAACCCAAGGAGGAAAAGUACGACGGCUCGAGGCGUCGCAACAGUAAAUCUCUACCGGCAUCUCCGCUCACGUCUCCCGGCAGCAGUCCGAAAGCACAUAGAAGGGUCAAUAAGUACUUCACUGGAGCAUUUACCGAUGUGGACAAAUCUAAAGGUAGUUGGAUAUUGUCAAAUUUAUACGCCAAACGAGAAAUAUCCCAGUCAGUUGGUCAAAUAAAGGAAGAAGUCAAAGAAGAUCUCGAACGCACUUCGUCCGCAGUGAGUCUCGUCGAACAACAACAACAGCCUAUCAAAACGCCGCCUGUCUAUCGAGCCAAACCGUCUGAAUUGCGAGAAAUGAAUUUUUGGUCUCCGACAUCAAUGUAAUUUAUUUUUUAUCUUCGCAGUUAAGGUAUUAUACUACUUAAGCUUUAGAAAAGAAUCAAUAAUUGUAUGACUGUUUCGUUUUAUAAGUAAAGCUAGCACUACGAGACGAACUUUUUAAGUUUCUACAAAAAUCACAUUAAAAAAACGUUUUGUAUGGUUGU